UUUCAUUUUACUUCCUUUCAUCUUUGUCUGGCAAGUUUUGUACUUAUUCUUCAGUUACGCAGAGAUGAUAAAAGAUCACCUGGAACAUUUGGAGCUCGACAUUGGUCUCACUAUGGUCGACUGUAUUUAAGACAUUUCAAUGAAUUAGACCAUGAAUUUCAAAUAAGGCUCAAUAAAGCAUACGAUCCUGCAGUUCAAUAUACGAAUAUUUUUACUUCACCUUUUUUGGCAAUUGUCGCAAAAAAUAUUGCGUUUGUCGCUGGGUCGUUUUUUGCCGUGCUAACUGUGCUGUCAAUUUAUGAUACAGAUGUGUUCAGAGCAGAACAUGUGUUAACUGUAAUUGCAAGUUUAGGUCUGAUUAUAAAAAUCUGUUACGCAUUUAUCCCGGAUGAGAACUUGAUAUGGUGUCCGGAACAACGUUUGAAACAAGUUUUGCUGCAUAUUCAUUACAUUCCUGACGAAUGGAAGACAAAAGCUCAUACUAACGAUGUUUUUCAAGAGUUCCAGCAAUUGUUUGAAUACAAAGCUGUAUUUGUAUUUCAAGAACUUGUGAGCGCGUUGGUGACACCAUUCCUUCUGUGCUUCAGUAUAAGAUAUAAAGCGCUGGAUAUUGUCGAUUUCUUCCGUAAUUUUACGGUCGAGGUCGUUGGUGUUGGAGACGUCUGUUCUUUUGCGCAAAUGAACGUAAGAAAACAUGGAAAUCCUGAGUGGAUAUCUUAUGGCUUAACAACUGCCACUCAAUACGAACAAGCAGAAAACGGGAAAACAGAGUUGUCUUUGCUACAGUUCUCGAUCAAAAAUCCUCACUGGAAACCACCUCCAACAGAAGCUCAGUUUAUGAGUACAAUAAAAGAAAGUGCUGACAGAGAUUCCUAUCCAAGUUUACAAACUAGUUCAACUGGAGUCCAAAAUAACGUCAUGUUAUCAUCAAGAUUACAAUCCUUAGGCCUUCCGUCUCUAGAACCAGUCACUCAGAUCCCAGAAAUGUCUAGUAGUCUUAGCACUGUGCGCGAAACUGGCGUGGAAGAAAGACUAAGACUUGAAGAGGAAAUGAAUUCAAGUAUCUUCUACAUGCAUCAACUGCGUGAACGAAACGAAAGCACUGAAAAUUCACAACAACUUCAAGUAUUUCACGAUUCUUCAACUCAGAAAAAUCCAACUUCAUCACGUGAUGUUUAACCAACCCCUAUCGAUCAUCGAGAUCCAUCAAGAACCUCUCAAGAUAACCACGAAUCACGUUGGAAACUCUGAGUUUGAUUUUUGGAUUUCAAAUCUUUCUUCAAAAAAGAUUGUACACAUAUAACAUUGUAACAACAAAAUAUGUGGAGGAGAAGACGGUGGUGACAAUGUAAAUUUUUAAAGUAUUUAAUUGGAAAGAUAAACGAAGCACUAUAUUAUUUACUUUUCUAAACAAAAAAAGCACAAAA